AUGGAUCUCCGGGGCAUGCUUAACGAUAAUGGCCCCUCGGCCUCCCGCCCGAGCAAACCGCCAACGGCGCCGGCUCCGCAACAACCCGCGCAACAGCCCCCGCUUCCGUCGACGCCGGUCCAGGCCAACCCACCGCAAUCAUUCCGCGACUACAGUCAGACCCAGCCAUCCCCUGGCCGACAUGUAUCCCAGGAUUAUGGCGCGCACCAUCACCCAUCCGGCGCGUUCGCGUCUCCACCGCCCUUCCAAGCUCCUCCCGCCGGCGGGUAUCCCACCCGAGCGCCGCCGCACCUUCACCAACACCCGUCAAACGACCCACGAUCGCCAGGUGUCAAUAUUGGCCCGGCCCCGUCCCCAUACCGACAUACUCCGACCGCCUCGAUGAGCAGCGCCGGCGGCUACCCUUUCCCACCCCAGGCGAACCCUGCAAGCCCUGUUCAGCGACAUCAAUACCCUCCCUCGGGCCCAUAUCACCGCGAUAGCUAUUCUCAGGCGUCUGCUCCGGUGGUGGUAGCCGGCCAACCCGUCGUUAGCCCGUACAUGCAGGGAUCUCACAUUCCUCAGACAUCUCCGAUUACGACCCCCGGAGGCAAUCAACCUUAUCUCCACCGAGCCCAAUCGAUGCAGUCGACGCCGACGCCCACUUCCGCACAUAGUCAGACCGCGCCAUACGGCGCAUCGUUUGCUCAAGGAAGCCCCGUGGCCGCUCCACGUCCUCUUCAACAACCCGACCCGUACCAACGACAGACAUCACAACCACCAACUCCCGGCGGAGCCGGUCCGCUAUCAGCUCGCCCGACCCAUACCGGAGGCUACGGACCGUCUAGCCCGUACCAGCAACGCGCCCCGGUGCCUGGCGCCCACCCGACCAUGCAAACAUCACCGCCGCCGCCGCCUCCCCCAUCGCUUCCGAGGCACGCCAGCACUCACAGCAUUCACAGCAUACAUGAUUCGCACAGCCAGGACCCGACACAAAUACAACAGCGGCAUUUGCAACAACAGCAGCAGCAACAGCAGCAGCAGCAGCAACAACAACAACAACAACAACAACAACAGCAACAGCAGCAGCAACAACAGAAGCAACCGCAACCACAGCAGCAACAGCAGCAACAGCAGCAGCAGCAACCUCGUGAUCGAGAACGAAGCCUUAGUGUGAGCCCGAAAACACGAGUCCCUAGUUUGCCAAGUAGCGCCGGGCACCCCGAGACCUCUAUUCCCGAGCUAGCCCCAUACCCCAGCCAAAACCAUUCUACGCCCGCGGUCCCAGAACGCGCCUCAACACCAGCCAAACGAAAACUCGGCGACCGAGAUUUGCAACCGGACGAGCUUGAAAAACGAGAGGUGCGACCACCUCCAUUUGAGAAUCAAGACGGGCGGCCAGCCAUGCCUAGUGCUAACAGCACGUUGGCUCAGAAUGCAACGGCCUCUUCAACCAAGGCUACGAAGAAGCGAAAGGUGUACCCAACAACUCCGGGAUGGGCGGCAUCGCUCCGUGAUAAAACACCAGCGCAUCCAAACAACAUCCUUUACCACCCGGUCCCACAUUCCGGUCCACAGGUCAAUGGAAAGUCGGACCGUCAGCCAGACCGGCCACCGCCCCGGCCAGAGCGACCACAAAGCCGGCAAACGUCACCUGAAGAGAAACGAAACCCAGCUCCCAUCACACCGGCACCCAGUGUACCGCCGGAUGCCGCGACCCAAUGGGGCUUGUUGGGGCCCUGGGAGCCAAGUAUCACCAACUCGGUUCCGCAGGAGCCGUUCAGCAAAGAGGUGGCCGAUUUCUUGUUUAAGUAUGUCAUUCUCAACGAGGACCUGCGUGAAAUCCAAUUUCGGGAAGUCAAGUUUGAAGUGGAAGCGAAACUCGGGUUACUGGUCGACAAGAACACGAAUCAACGGGUCGAGCUCCCCGUCCGGUCCGAGUGCGUGCUCAACGAGAGCGGGAAUUGGCUUGGGUUCCGGUCGAGCAUGACAGAAGCUCAGCACAAAGCAUACAACGAAUACCUUAACCAGCUCGUCCAACAGACGCAUCCCGGCAACAAGGCCGCGCACGCAACCCUACCGAGGCCGCGGCUGCCCAUCGACUACCGCCACCGUCACGAAAUUGACAAGUUCUUCGAGAUCCCCGCGUCGGUGCGCGAUCGCCAUCUGCCUGUGUGCGUUGCCAAACCUAUCGCUGCGAAGGGCCAUGCGGUCAAGGUACGCGUCACGUACGACCAAAAGACCAAGAAGCCAAUUGCAAAGAUUGUCAAGGCGCGCAUUGCGGACCUGAGUAUCCAUUUCCCGGACUCGCCGCUCGACUGCCGUAUCAGUAUCAACUUGGAAAUGGACUGGGAUGGGCCGAUCGAGGAGCUCGAGCGCAUGGCUGGGUCGACCAAUCGCCCGCCUGUUCCUGACAGAACAAAGGACCGUUUGAGCUAUAAGCACGGGUUUUAUCAAAUUGAUUUGACCCAGGUAACGCAGAGCGUAACAGGGGUGACAAACACCCAGCGCACAGAAAAGGAGCAUGAACUUGAGGUAGAGAUCGACCCAACGCCUAUUAUCGAUCAAGGACGGAAGGCAAUGGAAGGCCAACCGCACCAAUACGUGGAACUGGUGGACGGGCUGAUCAAUAAUAUCCGGAUCCUAGCCCGCAAGGGAAAGGAGUUCAUGUAA